AUGUCAUCAACAAGAACUGCUCCACGAGCAGCAACAGUUAAUAAAGCAUUACCAGCUUCAAACGCUCAUCAUACAAAUGGUUCAGCCAAUACCUAUGAUGUUAAUGAUUCAACGGUGAAUGCAAGCAAUAUAUCUGAAUUGGACUCAAAUCUACAAAGGUCAGUUUUAACAAAGAAUAUGUCUCAAUCGGAAGGCAUUUAUAGAAAUUCUCGAUUUGUUCAUGCUGUAACUGUUGGCUUAUUGGGUCAACCAGUUAUUAUUCAAACAACUGAACGAGAACGUUUUCAUGGUGUACUUGAAACAAUAUCGCCUAAUGGUGAUGUUCUUUUAUCAGUAGCUCAUCGAUUGGAUAAUAAUAAUAAUGAUAUCAUGGGAUUAUCCACAUCACUAAUCGAUCUAUUGGAUACAGUUGAGAGUUCAGCACAAUCCUUAGAUUUAAAUAAACGUAUUAUAUCAUCGUCAAAUAUUGUUGAAAUAAUUGCUAGUGAUAUCGAUUUAACUGGCAAUGGCAAAUGUAUGCUUGAUGAAAAUCCAAAAGUGAAUCAAUUAGAAGAUGAACGUUUCAAUCGUAUGGAACAUUUUUAUGGUUCUGACGAUAUUGAUCCAGAUACAUUUGAAGAUCUUGAUCUAGGCGAUGAUGGAAAAGCUGGUUAUGAUCCAGAAGAUAUGUUUCAUACAAAUCGUGAAAAAUUCAAUACAACAACGGAUUUUGAUGAAAGCAAAUAUACAAAUGUUCCGAUUCGUCAACUGACUGCUGAUGAAUUAGUUGACAUUGAAAAGAAAGUGUCGGAAAUUGAAAAAGGCGGACACACUGAAGAUGUUGAUGAAGAUGAUGCAGGUGUGAAACGUCCGCCUGAAUUGAAUCAAGCACAAAGUAUCGAUGAUGGAAAUAGUAAUACAAAAAAUAAUCAAUCGUCGCGUGCACAUCCGAAUGAUCGUCGAUCAGAAUUUCGUUAUGAUGGAGAAUAUAAUCCAAAACGUGGCAAUUGGCGCGAACAACGACCUGGCGCCGGCAAUAACCGACGUGGUGGUUCGAAUAAUUAUUCAAUGAAUAAUCCAAAAGCAAAUCAACGUUCCGAACCAACACAAUAUACAUCAUCACGCUCAUCUGAACAAUCAGUCAAUAAUCGUCAACAACAAUAUAAACCACGCAAUAAUCGUUUUCCAGAUAACCGUUCACCUCAUGAAGGACGAGAUUCACCAUUACAAAUAACAAAUGAUGAAGUAACACGUGGCCAACGAAUAAAUAGUGGUAGUUUUUCCCAAGGACAAAACUCGGGCCCCACAAGUCCAUCAACAGGAGUUCCGGCACGUACUAUCUAUUCGACAAACAAUCGGCCACCCAUCGGAAGAAAUUCACCAGCACCAUAUACAGGUAGUUCAUCGUCUCGAAAUAAUUCAACAACAACAGCAACAGCAACUGCAACAUCAUCAUCGCCAACAACAACAACAACAGCAGCAGCAACAACAACAGCGAAUUCUUCAUAUCCAGCAAGUUCUACCGGAACAGGAAAUUAUCCUCAACAAUCAAAUAAUAAAAUGCCCAAAAAACAAUCACGCAACGAACAACAAUCAACAACUGAUGAACCUGAUCAACCAAAGCCACAACGUAAUCAACAACAAACGCCUUCAAAUAACCAAUCAAAUACUGGUUCACUUAAUCGGCCAUCACAAUUGCAUACUCAACCGCAGUUAAGACAACAACAACAACAGCAACAACAAGCGUUAUUAUCUAAUACGAAUGUGCCACCUCCAUUAACACUUCCAACACCCGACGAUCAUUCAUCUAGUCAUGAUACAAUAAAUUCGAAUCAAUCGGAUCCAACGAUACAUGUAGCAAAUGCACCUAUUUAUACACAACAUACAACUGGAACAAUGACACCUGGCAAUGCUAAAGCAAAUUCAGGUUUAAAUCCAGAAGCUGACGAAUUUGUUCCUGUAUUUUCGCGUGAAAGCAGCUCUCGGCCAGAAUCUCGUGGAGCAUCAACCAACUCGAUACAAAUGAGCACAUAUAUUCAGCAUGCUCAUGCUCAUCCACAAGCAAUGCAACUUUUACAACAGCAACAACAGCAGCAGCAGCAACAACAACAGCAACAACAACAACAACAACAACAACAACAACAGCAACAACAACAACAACAACAGCAACAACAACAACAACAACAACAACAACAACUGCAACAACAACUGCAACAACAACAACAAGUACAACAUUCAUCAAUGAUUCCAUCAACACAUCCUCAAAAUGCAGCAGCUCUAUAUCAGCAAUAUUAUCAACAGCCAUUUGCAAAUAUGGCACAAUUUGUUAAUCCAACAGCACAACAAAUGAAUGUUAGUAUGAUGGGUGCUCAAAUGAUGCCCCAACAAGCACAACAGCAAUUAGCUGGUAAUGGACCAAACGCAAAUACACCAGGUGCAGGUGGAAUGACAACACCAAGUGGUGGUUCUGGUCCAACAUAUAAAACAAACAAUAAUGCGGUACAUAGUGGAGACGUUGGAAAUACUGGUGUUAAUAAUGUCGCACCGAAAAAAGCUGUAGUAUCAGUUCAACGUGCCGAACAACCUAACGUAACUCAACAACAAGUGACUGGCGCACAAUCAAUGGUUUAUCCAACUACAUCGAUUCGAUACUAUCAAACUGAUUAUAUGGGACAACAAGCUGCUGCUGCUGCCGCUGCUGCACAGUCCAUGCAAUUACAACAAAUACCAUUUUAUUAUCCAAUCAAUACACCUGGUCUUAUCCAAGCAGCUGCAACAGCAGCAUCGGGUGUAGGCCCACCACAAAGUAUAAUGAUUCCAUCAACUAGUUCAUCAGCUGGACCCGCUACACCAGCUGCACAGUCAAUAUACUAUCCAGGAAUUUAUCCAGAUCCACGCAUGUAUGGAGUGUAUCCAUCAGCAGCAUCUGUUAAUCCAGGUGGUGUCAAUCCUAAUUGGCAAAUGACUCGUUCGCCUCCUCAUCAGCAACAACAACAGCCAACCGAUCAACAACGGGCUUAUGUUGGUGGACAGAAUGUUGUAUCUCAAGUACCGCAACAAACAGGUGUACCAAAUAAUGGUGCCGGUGGUCGAUCAGCAUCGACAUCGGGUCCAUCAGGUCAAGCUGGUACUGUUACUGGUGGCCCAUCGAUGACACCACAAUAUGCAUUAAAUGGAAGUGUACAGGCUACUUACGCAUAUGGAGCACCGGGUGCUUGGUAUUCUGCUCAAGGGCAAGUUCCGUCACCUCAAACGAAUAUGCCUCCUCAGGUGAAUCCGUAUGGUAUGAUUUAUGAUCAAUCUCAGCAAGCACAACAACAACAACAACAACAACAGCAACAACAACCAACAUAUGUACAUCAAAAUCCAUACGAAGCUGCUUACUUUCAACAAGCACAGCAACAACUUACACAGCAAGGCUUGGAUACAGUGCCACCGGGCAAUUAUAAUCGCUAA